AAGACUGCCAGAGUUCAUAUCCUUGGCUCGAUGACUGAUUCGUUGGCUGCGGAAUAUGAGUCGGAUAGAACAGCUUGUGGAAUAAUGCUCAGGCUGGAACAAGAUUUUGGAGAAGUUUCCCUUGUGAAGGUGCUUAGUCUUGUGAACAAGUUUCUGACAUCGAAGAUGGGUGAUAAAAUAGUCAAUGAACACUUCAACAAGCUCUGUGUCUAGGCGGAAGAAUUAAAAACUGCUGGUUAUCCGUUCCAAGAGGAAGUACAAGUCAUGGUUGUUCUGAAUUCUUUGCCACCAUCAUGGGAACAGUUCAAGAUUUCUUUUUGUCAUUCAGAACGCACACUCAAUAUGAGGAACCUGAGGCAACACUUGCUAAUGGAGGAGGAUUGCAGGCUUAACUCAGGGAAAGAUAAAGCUUCUUAUCAGCCAGAGCUUCACCUUGGUGAGUACAAAAACAAUGGGAACUGGAGGAAUUGGAAUAAGAGAGGAGGAGGACCGGACCUAAGGGACAAGAUCAAUUAUAAAUGUGACAGGGAUCAAAGGAACUACAGAGAUGAGAGGAGGGACAGGGGGCAACAUGGAAAUAACAACAACAACAACUCUUUUCAGAAGAUUGACAAGAGGAACUACAAGUGCCAUAAUUGUGGUAAUACAGGCCACUUCAGGUCAGAAUGCACCAAGAGGAGGAAGACGAACAACGAAAGGGAUAAUUUUCACAAGGAUGACAGCCGCAAGGGGAAUCAAUCCCCUGAAGCUGUAGGGGUUUACUGAUGCUGAUUGGCAAGGGGAUCUUGAUGACCGGAAAUCGACUUCUGGUUAUCUGUUUACACUAGCAGGAGGAGCUAUUUCCUGGAGUAGCAAGAAGCAAGAUUCUGUAGCACUUUCAUCUAUGGAGGCUGAAUAUAUUGUUGCGUCGGAAGCUGUGAAAGAAGGUGUAUGGUUAAAGGGGUUUCUUGCGUCUCUCGUGGUGGUGGAAAGCGCUUCAUAUCCUGUUAUUAUUUUCUGUGAUAACCAGGCGGCAAUCAAGGUCUCAAAGAAUCCCAAGUUUCAUAGCAAAACCAAACAUAUUGAGGGAAGAUAUCAUUACAUUCAUGACGUCGUUAAUAGAUUAAGAACAGUUCGUUUAGAUUAUUUACCUAGUGUGGACAUGGUUGCCGAUCCACUGACUAAACCUCUUAGUCAGGAAGUAUUUUGUAAACAUGUUUGCAACAUGGGUGUUCGUUUAUGGAAUUAGAAUGUUUUAGCCAAGUGGGAGAUGUAGGAAAUACUUAUGUGUGGCUUGCAACAUUUUUACUACAUAGUUCCUGGAAUAUGUUUACCUCGAUAUGGAAUUUACCGAUGCACUUGAAUAUUGCUUGGA